AUGGAGAAUAAAGUAUCAGAAAUAUCAGAAAUGACAACCGAUUUAAAUUCGAAUUCUGAAACUAAAUUUGAUCAUUUCACAACUACAACUAAAACUACAACUGAUCAAAUUCAAAAAAAAUCAACUGAAACAACAACUACUACUCAAUCAAUCAGUAUAAACAGUAAAGAUGAAAAAAAAGCUGGCUCUAAGCUUUCAAGAGUUGUUAAAGUUUCAAGACGAGCACUUACAACUUAUGCAUCAUUCAUUGGUCCAGGUUUAUUAGUUAGUGUUGCUUAUAUGGAUCCUGGGAAUUAUGCCACGGGUAUAACUGCUGGUGCAUCCAAUAGAUAUUCUUUAUUAUUUAUUGUGUUAUUAGCCGAUAUAAUUGCAAUUUUUUUGCAAGUACUUUGUAUAAAAUUAGGUUGUGUUACAGGUUAUGAUUUAGCUCGAUGUUGUCGUGAAUAUUUACCUAAAAAAUUGAAUUGGAUUUUAUGGAUAUUAGCUGAAUGUGCCAUUAUAUCUACUGAUGUUGCUGAAGUUAUUGGUUCCGCUACAGCAUUAAAUAUCUUAUUAAAAAUUCCAUUACCGGCAGGGGUGGUUAUUACUAUUGUUGAUGUUAUAUUUGUACUUAUUGCUUAUCGUACGGAUACUUCACUGUUGAAAUUUGUUAAAAUAUUUGAAUAUGCCGUUGGGUGUUUAGUUAUGAUUGUUGUUAUAUGUUUUGCCGUUGAAUUAUCACAAAUUACUGCUAAUGUGGGUCAAGUUUUCCGAGGAUUUGUUCCUUCUAAAGAAAUGUUUGAUGGGAAUGGUAUGACGGUGGCUACUUCAGUUAUUGGUUCUACAGUUAUGAUUCAUUCAUUGUUUUUGGGUUCGGGUUUAGUACAACCUAGAAUGCGUGACUAUGAUGUUAAACAUGGAUAUGUCAAUUUAUACGAAAUUGCCAAAGAAGAGAAAGUACAAGAGGAAGAGGAAGAAGACCAAACUGAGAUUUCACCAGUUGCAUCAAAUCCUAUUCAAAACAAUAUUGCUCCUACAUAUGAACAAGAGGCAAAAUUUUUCCGAACCAAAUAUAAACCAUCUUAUAAAUCAAUUUGUUAUUGUUUAAAAUAUUCCAAAAUUGAAUUAAUUGUAACAUUAGCAACAAUUGCCCUUUUUGUGAAUGCUGCUAUUGUUAUUAUUGCUGGGGCAACAUUAUAUGGUACAUCAGAAGCCAUGAAUGCUGAUCUUUAUACCAUUCAUAGUUUAUUAAGCAAAAGUUUAUCACCUGCUGUUGGUACUAUCUUUAUGGUGGCAUUAUUAUCGAGUGGUCAAAGUGCUGGUGUGGUGUGUACUAUUGCUGGACAAAUGGUGGGUGAAGGUCAUAUCAAUUGGACUUUAAAACCAUGGAUGAGAAGAAUAUUGACUCGAGCUAUAUCUAUUAUUCCUUGUUUGACAAUUUCGGUAUUUAUUGGGAAAAAUGGAUUAGGAGUGGCAUUAAAUAUAUCUCAAAUUAUUAUAUCAAUUUUAUUACCACCAUUAACGGCACCUUUGAUAUAUUUUACUUGUUGUAAAAAAAUCAUGAAAGUUGAAUUAGGUGAAGAAGAUGAAGUUGAAGGAAUUGAAGAAGAUGAUGGGGAUUCUGGUAAAAGAUAUAAAUAUAUGACUAAUAGUUGGUUAACUACAAUUAUUGUUGUUAUAAUUUGGCUUUUAGUGGCAAUUUUGAAUGUUUAUGCUAUUUAUCAAAUGGCAGUAAGUGGUGUAACAGGAUCAUAA